AUGGAAGACGACUGUGAAGAGACAGCUGACAGUGCCUACCGGAAACGAAGUAGCCGUCGGAAGCUUCCCUUGGCACGCAUAUCACUGUGGAGAAGAAGUUGGAAAAAGUUGUCUCAAAUCAAGGGACACCUUGCUAGCGAUGGACACAUCGUCGUCAGCUGCAAAAAAUUCGGAUCGCAUGAGGGCAAGCGCGGUUGUCUAUCUCUCUCCUCCCCUCCUUGUAUGCAAUUUGCAGAACUGUCCAUUCCAGCAGGAUGGAUAAGUCUAGCUGAUUCCUCGCGAAAGGCCUCCAUUGUCGUGGCACUGAAGUUGUAA